CCUCGUUGUUUUCAAAUCCUAUGUUCCUCUCAACAUUCCAGUUUCAAAGAUGAUGAUAAUGGAGGAGGUGAAGGAUUAUCAAAGGUGAUAUUGGUGGAGAGAUACAGCAAUGGUACUGCUAAGAGGGUUUUGUUGUUUCCCGCCAACACAACUGCAGCUGGAUCAAUUGCCUUUGUCCAUAAUUUUCUGCAAUAUCAAAGAUAGUGACUAACUGAAGCAGUGAUUGCAGUCAUAAUUUAAAACCUUGCUAAGUUCUUGGAGUAUUUGUGUAACCUAUUAUGCUUUUUAUUAUUUCCAUUUGUUUUAUUUUAUUAUUGCAUAAAUAUCAGAAUGAUUGUCUCCUCCAAAAGAAACUUCAACUAUGACCUUUUCUUCCCCUUAUGAGCAGAUACAUUUUAGGAGAUGAUUUGCAGUUGCGAACAGUUCUUAUUGAGGAGGAUAGGUCUACGGAAAACAAGCCCAGUGUUUUGCAUUCUCCUGAUGAAAAACUAUCCUGGCUUCCACGGGUGAUUAAAGAUUUUGUUUUGCCAGCAGGCUUUCCCGGAUCAGUCUCAGAUGAUUAUUUGCGUUACAUGUUACUACAGUUCCCGACCAAUGUGACUGGAUGGAUAUGUCAAACCAUAGUCACUUCAAGUUUGUUACAGGCUGUUGGUGUCGGUUCUUUCUCUGGAACCACGGCAGCUGCUUCUGCUGCUGCCAUCAGAUGGGUAUCAAAGGAUGGCAUUGGAGCUGUCGGGCGCUUAUUCAUUGGUGGGAGGUUUGGAAAUCUUUUUGAUGACGAUCCAAAGCAAUGGAGAAUGUAUGCAGACUUCAUUGGCAGUGCCGGAAGCAUUUUUGAUCUGACAACCCAGUUACAUCCUGGAUAUUUUCUUCCUUUGGCAUCGCUUGGAAAUCUUACUAAGGCUAUAGCAAGAGGACUUAAAGAUCCUUCUUCUCGAGUGAUUCAAAGCCACUUUGCAAUUUCAGCUAAUCUAGGAGAGGUAGCAGCAAAGGAAGAAGUUUGGGAAAUGGUAGCUCAAUUGGUUGGCCUUGGUUUGGGCAUAUUGAUACUGGAUACUCCUGGCCUUGUAAAAUCAUAUACUGUGAUUUCAUCAACUUGGUUAUGUAUACGACUUCUUCAUAUUUGGCUACGUUAUAAAUCACUUUCAGUUCUCCAGUUUAACACGAUAAACCUUAAGCGUGCUCGCAUACUGGUAAAAUCACAUGUUUUACAUUCCACUGUUCCAGGAUGCAUGGAGUGCAACAAAGAAGAGAAUAUAUUAGUUUGGUCACAAUUCAUGAAGCCAAAAAUAAUUUUUGGCUCACCCUUUGAGAAGAUGCAUGUCAUGGACAGAUCUCAUUUUAUGGUAGAGGAUCUUCUCAAAUUAUAUGCAAAUGAGAAAUAUAUUCUUGUGGUGAACCAGCAGCUAGAUGAUUUGAAGUUUUAUGUUUCUUUCAAGGUUGGAGCUACAAGUUUAUCGGUAUUGCGAAGUAUCUGGCAGACAUUCUGGCUUAGCGAGAACUGGGAGAAGAAGGGUAAUGUAUGUGAUCAACUUGCCAAUAGUCUAAUGGAAUUGGAAGAUAAGUUUGAUGAUUUCAUUCAGAAGUUAAAAAGUGCUAAAUGGGAAACCCAACAAUUAAACUUGAAGGUCCCCAAAGAAAUCUCUAUUGAUGAUAUCAAUACUUUUUAGAUUCUAAAACCGCAGAGAUUGAAAAUGAUUCAUCUUUUAAGAUCCCGAGGCUCUCGAGAAUGAAGCCUACAACACGAUGGAUCCUCUUUGUUACACAAUGCAGUAGUUGUGGAAACCAGUUAGAUUUAGUGAGAGAUUUCUCUCAUUUAAGACUAACUGAUUCCACAAUUGCUACAUCGUGCGACUGUUGUAGGGGUCCAAAUCCGUCCGAGGAUGCACACAAUUUCAGGAGUCCUACUUUCUCUACUCCAACAAUUCAUUAUUCCUUCAUAGAAAAGUUUCUUGCUUAACCCUGUUUUGUGAGGGAGCUAUAGAAUUGAUUUCUUGUUCAAAGACAAUUUUAGUUAAGUAGGUGUUUGUAUUGCUUUCUAUACUUGUAGGCAAAGAAUCUAUUUCCAUAUUUUUCAAGUGUUUGGAGUUAUUGUAAUUAUAGAUCAAUGGCCUUGUUUGGAAA